AUGUCAUCUGUGCACUCCGCGUCCGAGGCGCCUCGGAAGUCGACGAUAUGGGAGGAUAUCAAGGCGUAUCGAAGGACCUACUGGCUGACGGCCGUAGCAUCUUUUGGCGGCAUGCUCUUCGGCUGGGACACGGGGCUCAUUGGUGGCGUCUUGACGAUGGAUGCCUUUCAGCACUCCUUUAACCUUGACAGCAAGAGUUCCUCUUUUGCUAACUUGCAGGGCAACAUCGUGUCCGUUCUGCAAGGAGGCUGCUUCUUCGGUGCUGCCGCCUCGUUUUGGCUCAGUGACAAGAUUGGUCGAAAAUGGUCUCUCAUCAGCGCCGAUUUAAUCUUCAUCAUCGGCUCCGUCAUUCAAACCUGCUCCGGCCUCGGUACAACAGACCUCACGCAGCUCUAUAUUGGCCGGUUCAUAGGAGGCUUCGGCGUCGGCCUCAUCAGCGCGGUCGUCCCCACCUACAUCGGUGAAAAUGCCAACAGGGAGAUUCGUGGGAGGUGUAUUGGAUGCAUGCAACUUUUCAAUGUCACCGGGAUAAUGCUCAGUUACUUCGUCAACUACGGCAUCAGCAUCCACAUUACGAGCCCCACCGACUCAGCAAAGUGGCGCAUCCCAUUUGCUCUGCAGAUCCUCCCCGGGGCUCUCCUACUCUUGGUCAUAUUCGAGAACGAGUCGCCGCGCUGGCUCGUUGAGAAAUUCCGCAUCGAUGAGGCUAGAAAAGCCCUAUCCCGUGUGCGCGCUCGCCCGACUGACGACCCUACUAUUCGUGAGGAGCUGGAAGAGAUUAUUACAGACUUUGAGGGCAAGGAGAAGCUUUCUCUUACCCAGCAAUUGAGACUCGCUUUCUCCAGCAAACAGAUGCUAUAUCAAUCGUCUCUGGCUGUCAUUUUGAUGUUUUGGCAACAAUGGACUGGGACGAACUCGAUUAAUUAUUACAGCCCCCAGAUUUUCAAGAGUGUUGGAUUGACGAGUAGCUCUGCGGGUCUUUUCGCCACGGGCAUCUACGGUGUCGUCAAGGUUGUGUUUACUUCUCUCGGUUUGAUGUUUGGUGUUGAGCAAGCUGGAAGAAAGUGGUCCCUCAUCUGUGGCGCUGCUGGUCAAGCUUUUGCCAUGUUCUACAUUGGCAUAAACCAAGCCGUACACCCCACCGAUACGAGCCUAUCAGGCAACAACAUCUUCGCUAUUAUUUGCGUGUACCUAUUUGUUGUCUUCUUCUCAUUUGGCUGGGGCCCUAUACCCUACGUGCUCUCAUCUGAAUGUUCUCCAAAUCAUGUGCGCUCCCUAAUUAUGGCCGCGUCUCUGAUGACUCAAUGGCUCUUCAACUUCGUCAUCGCAAAGCUCACUCCAAUAAUGCUCGACAGCAUCACCUAUGGGACGUUCCUGCUGUUCGGCGCCUGUUGCAUCCUAGCACUCCUGUACGCCGUCUUCUUCGUCCCGGAGACCAAGGGCGUCCCACUCGAAAGCAUCAACCUCCUCUUCAAAGACAACAUUAUUGCCGGUGCCACUAAGGACACUAUCCCAAGGUUCAGCCGCGCGAGAAAAAUGCAAGCGCAUCAUUUGACAUCAGAAGAGCGGACCGGCGUCGAUGGUGGAAAGGUUCUGGAUGAUGAGGAGCGGGAUGGGCAGGCAGUGCAUGUAGCCUGA